AUGACAGACCAAUGUGCUCACUCGAACUUGCUUGGCCAGGCAGAACUGCUUGAGACGGCGGUGGAGUACAUCCAAUACCUCCAGCGACAGGUCGAGGAACUGAGAGAGCUGGGUCACGGUGGCCACGCGACAACCGAGGUCGAUGUCCAGCCGGCCAAUAAGAACGUUGGAUUUAAGCACGAUGUGGUUAAUAUCACGAUGCGAGGCUUAUGUAAGGUGCCUACAUGGCGUGGGCUCUGUCCUGCCAAGGGCCAAGGCAGAUUAUGGUGCCAGUCGGAAGAAGGACAUUCGCAAAGAGCACCUCGUGUUUCUGAACCAUCCAGAGGAAUUAGCCCGACGUUUAGCGAGGUCAUGGCAGGUAGUCUGAAGCUUUCCACAUCGGUGGACACGUUCUCGUAUGUCAUGGCAGGAUUCGUCGGCGGAGGCCCGUCUUGGCAAGUGCACGGACACUGGAGGAGUUUCUUGGCGGCGCGGCGGGCCUGGGCAGCUUGGCAUCCUGGAUGGUUGCACCACUGCAUCUACAGCGCAAGGGCUGCCAUCUCCUGGCCUGGAUUGGAACUUGCACAUAUAAAGAUCCAAUCCGGAUCAUCCUGCUAA